AUGUCGACGGCGGCGGUGGACGGGCGGGUCGUGCUCUGGGACGUCGAGGCGGGGGUUUGCCAGGGCGUCUUGACCAACCCGACCGCCCUCCCCGCCCUCCAACACUGCCACCACCCCUCUCACCCCGCUCACCUCCUCGUCGCGUUGGACCGCAAAGUCGCCCUGUACGACGUCCGCGCGAGUUUUUCGCGGGUGCAGCGGGAAUACACGGGGCAUCGGAGUGCGAUCCUCCACCUCGGGCUCCUUCGUGACCCCGGCAAACUCCUCACGACCUCGGAGGAUAAGACGCUGCGAACCUGGGACUUCCGCGUCGCCGUGCAGAUCCGGCAGUUCGCCGACGCUGGGAUGCACGCGAUUACGCACGUCGUGGCCCACCCCCAGCAGCCCGAGCUCCUCGCCGCGCAGUCGUUGGAUAACAAAGUCCUCCUUUUUAAGGAUCUCGGCGGCGGCCGGCUAAGCCAACUCCGGCAGCGGGAAUUUACCGGGCACAACAUCUCAGGAACGCGCUGCCAGCUGGGGUUCAGCCGGGAUGGGCGGUAUCUUUCGAGUGGGGAUUUGGAAGGAAAUUUGUUCGUCUGGGACUGGGCCAAUGGGAGGCUCGUCAAGUCGUUUAAGGCGCACGCGCAGAUGCUCGUCUCGCACGCCUGGCAUCCGCUUGAGUCGUCGAGGGUGGUGACCGCGGCGUGGGAUGGCUGUAUAAAGAACUGGGUCUAG